UUGAACUUAACUUAAAGUGCGUAAAAAAAUUCUUAUAAAGGAAUAUCCAACAUAGAGCAAAGGUUUUUAAUUCAUGAUCCAGUGGCAGAGCAUCUCCGUCAAUCUUCCCCCAGAAUCAAACCCUAAUUCCUAAAUCAUCUUCGAAGAAAUCGAUAUUCCCUGAGAUUGAACAACGAUUGAGGAAUCGGGUUGUGUUUAAUCGGAGAGAAAUCGCGAUGCAUCUUACCUUUUCGCAGACAGCGAUGCCACCGAUGAUCGCGCAUGGCUCUCUCUCUCCUCCGCCUUCCUCCGGCGGUGGAGACUCACCGGAGAUUCCCGAUGCUUGGUACGGAAACAUGCAGUACCUUCUUAACAUCUCGGUGAUUGGUCUCCUGUGCUGCGUCUCCAUCUUCUUCUUCGUCAAGCUUCGCAGUGACCACCGUCGCAUGCCUGGUCCGUCCGCGAUCGUCUCCAAGCUCCUCGCUGUCUGGAAAGCCACGUGUCGCGAGAUCGCUCGUCAUUGUGGCGCCGACGCUGCUCAGUUCCUCCUCAUCGAAGGUGGUAGCUUCGUCCUCCUUUUCUCCGUUGCGAUUCUGGCUGUCUUCGUUAUGCUCCCGUUGAAUCUGUAUGCCGGCACUGCUGUAUUGAACGAUGAAUUCUCCAAAACGAUGAUUACCCAUAUCAAGAAAGGUUCGGGUCUGCUUUGGGUGCAUUUUGUUUUUGUUGUGCUUGUUGUUCUCAUAGCGCAUUUUGGGAUUUCUGCCAUUGAAGGAAGGCUUAAGUGUACUAGGUUUAGAGACGGGAAUGGUAAUCUUAGCGAUCCGAAUGCGAGCUCUACUGCUUUAUUUACUAUUAUGGUUCAGGGUUUGCCUAAAAGCUUAGGAUCUGAUAGAGCUGUCCUUGAAGAGUAUUUUCGGGAAAAGUACCCGGGUAAAGUUUAUAAGAUGAUAAUUCCUAUGGAUUUAUGUGCAUUGGAUGAUCUUGCCACGGAGUUGGUUAGUGUACGAGAUGAUAUUACCUGGUUGGUUGCCAAGAUGGACUCUAGGCUCUUGGCUGAGGAGGUCGAGAGUGACGGACAUGGAGGAUUACUGAGUUGGGCAUGCAUUCUGUGGAUGAAAGUGAAAGGAUUGUGGUCUCAGAUUACAGAGAGGCUGGGUUUUACUGAUGAAGAGAAGCUAAGAAAGCUGCAAGAAUUGAGAGCUGCGUUGGAAACUCGGUUGGCAGCUUACAAAGAAGGACGGGCACAAGGUGCAGGGGUUGCUUUCGUGGUAUUUAAGGACGUUUACACAGCUAAUAAGGCUGUUCAGGAUUUCAGAAUCGAGCGGUCGAGGCGUUUUGGAAAGUUCUUCUCUGUCACCGAGCUAAGACUGCAGAGGAACCAGUGGAAAGUCGAAAGAGCGCCUCUGGCAACCGACAUUUAUUGGAAUCAUCUGGGAUUAACGAAAUUCUCUUGUAGAAUGAGAAGGGUGAUUGUUAACUCGAUCCUGCUGCUGAUGCUCGUGUUUUUCAGCUCUCCCCUUGCGUUGAUCAGUGCCUUUAUAAGUGCUGGGCGGAUCAUCAAUGCUGAAGCCGUUGAUCAUGCCCAGUCUUGGUUUACUUGGGUUCAAACUUCUGGCUGGCUCGGGUCUUUGAUUUUUCAAUUCUUGCCAAACGUCAUCAUAUUCGUGAGCAUGUACCUUGUCAUCCCUUCAGUUCUCUCUUAUUUUUCCAAGUUUGAACGACACUUGACAGUGUCUGGGGAACAAAGAGCGGCUCUCUUGAAGAUGGUUUGCUUCUUCCUCGUGAAUCUGAUCGUGCUGAAGGCUCUCGUCGAGUCGUCACUGGAGAGCGCCCUCUUAAAAAUGGGUCGUUGCUAUCUGGAUGGUGAGGACUGCAAGAGGAUUGAAGAAUACAUGAGCCCAUCCUUCUUAUCGAGAUCGUGCCUUUCCGCUCUGGCUUUCCUCAUCACGAGCACUUUUCUGGGAAUCUCCUUCGAUCUGCUGGCACCGAUCCCAUGGAUCAAGAACAAGAUCCAGAGAUUCAGGAAGAACGACAUGCUCCAACUGGUUCCCGAACAAAACGAAGAGUACCCUCUUGAGAAUCAAGAGAACACGAGCAGCAGCCUUCAGACACCGCUCAUGUCUGAAAACAUGUUCGAGUCACCCAGGUUCAACGAGAUCGAACCCAUGGGUCAAGACCUCGCGGAAUAUCCCAUCAGCCGGACCUCGCCAAUCCCGAAACAGAAAUUCGACUUUGCCCAAUACUAUGCCUUCAACCUAACCAUCUUCGCUCUAACCAUGAUCUACUCCUCGUUCUCCCCGCUCGUGGUCCCGGUCGGAGCGAUCUACUUCGGGUACAGGUACAUCGUGGACAAAUACAACUUCCUGUUCGUAUACAGAGUACGGGGAUUUCCGUCGGGGAAUGAGGGGAAGAUGAUGGACACUGUGCUAUGCAUCAUGAGAUUCUGCGUGGAUCUGUUCCUGAUCUCGAUGUUGCUCUUCUUCUCCGUGAAAGGGGAUUCCUCCAAGCUUCAAGCCAUUUUCACGCUCGGAGUGCUGGUGAUGUACAAGCUCUUGCCCUCCGAUUAUUCCGACAGGUUUCACCCCGCUUUGCUCAGAGGCCUUCAGACAGUGGAUAGCUUCCUCGACGGCCCCACUGAUUACGAGCUCUAUUCCCAACCCAACUUCGACUGGGACACUUACAACCCUUGACUUCAUUAUUCCAAUUCUAUUCUAUUCCACCACUUAUUUCUUUAUUUAUUUUUAUUUUUUUUAACUCGGCAGCGAGCAAAUUUUUCUCUUUGCCUCUGUGUAAACUUUGUAUAUUUCUUGUGUAUAACCAGAAUAUUUUAUGAAAAAAAAAAUGGAUCGAAUCUUGGUAGGGAUGGA